GGAAAAGUUUUUAAAGGAUCCAGUGGGGUAACUAUUUUACAUAAAAGGUAAUGUGUACAUAAUAUGAGCUGCCAGAGGAAGUGUUUGAGGCAGGUACAAUAACAACACUUCAGACAUUUGGACGGGUACAUGGGUAGGAAAGGUUUAGAAGAAUAUGGUUCUAAUGUAGACAAAUGGGAUCAGCUUAGAUGGACAUCUUGGUCAGCAUGGAUGAAUUGGGCCAACUCAGAAACGUAGACAAAUGAAAAACAUUUUCAGACAGAAGAUUCAUGCCUUGCUUAUCGUUGGGUAUCAAUUUAAAGGUAUGUUAAAUAUAAAUGAAUAUUUUCAACGUUUUCCGGUUGACUAUAUGAAAUUAUUUCGUAAACGCUUGUUAAUUGAUUUGUGCAAAUAUUUCAAACGACACAAAAAAUGCACCCUUCAGCGUUAUUGCAACAAAUAUGGACAAAGCCCAAACAAUGAUCGCCGGCACCGUCCCUCUGAACUUGAUGUUCAGGUUCCAGGACCACGCCAGUUUGUUCGAGGUGUUGUGGGAUAUGUAGUUCACAUGCGGGGGCCUUGCGCGUUUUCUCAGCUUGACGGCUUUGAGCGGUCGGACUACAACUCCCAGUGUUCACUGCGCGUCGCUGUCCAGUCCCUCGAUGCAGAUUGGCUCAUUCGCGACAAUCGCGGGUCUGGUUGGCGGUUGGGCGGUUGGGGGCUGCGUGCACGCACUUGGCAGCCGGCGUCGAGGCGACAGGACGGGACAGGACAGGACAGGACAGGACAGGCGCUUGGGCUGUGGUCGCUUCGCCCUCGCACAAUAACAUCCUUCCGUGGAGCAGGAGGAGGCGGGAGAAGGGGGUUUAAUUCGGCGGAUAACGGAGGGAGCCUGUCUAGCGACAACAACAAACAAUGCAUGCCAGUGCCAGCGCCCUGCGGACCCUCAUCAAAGGGGGCCGGGUGGUGAACGACGACUACACCCAGGAGGCAGAUGUCUACAUCGAGAAUGGCGUCAUCCAGCUGGUGGGCCGCGAACUCAUGAUCCCCGGCGGGGCCAAGGUCAUCGACGCCACCGGCAAGCUGGUGAUGCCGGGGGGCAUCGACACCAGCACCCAUUUCCAGGAGACCUUCAUGAACAUGACGUCCGUAGACGAUUACUACCUCGGCACCAAGGCUGCUCUUGUUGGAGGUUCAACAAUGAUAGUUGGCUAUGUAUUACCAGAUAAAGAAACUUCACUUCUCGAGGCCUAUGAAAGAGCUCGAAAUCUUGCGGAUCCUAAAGUGUGCUGCGACUACUCUCUUCAUGUUGGUGUGACAUGGUGGUCUCCACAGGUACAAUGUGAAAUGGAACAACUAGUGAAUGACCUUGGAGUGAAUUCAUUCCAAACAUACAUGACAUACAAGGACCAGUACAUGCUGCGGGAUAAUGAACUUUACCAGGUUUUUCGUGCAUGUAAAAGUCUGGGUGCCAUCGCUUGUGUUCAUGCUGAAAAUGGAGAUCUUGUUGCAGAGGGUGCAAAAGAAGCUCUUGAAUUGGGAAUCACUGGGCCCGAGGGAAUAGACAUCAGCAGGCCUGAGGAGGUUGAAGCAGAAGCAACACAUCGUGCCAUUACAAUUGCAAAUCGAACCCAUUGUCCAUUAUAUUUGGUUAAUAUCUCAAGCAAAUCAGCAGCUAAUAUCAUUGCUUCUGCACGAAUGCACGGCAAUAUUAUAUAUGGAGAAACAACCUUGGCACACACGACUCUGAAUGGAUCAAGCUAUUAUCACCCUGACUGGUCUCACGCUGCUGCCCAUGUUACUGCCCCUCCUCUCCGACUGGAUGCUAGCACUCCCAACUACCUCAUGAGCAUGCUAGCCAGUGAUACUAUUAAUGUUGUUGCCUCGGAUCAUCGUCCAUUUACUAUCAAGCAGAAAGCUGUAGGAAAAGAAGAUUUUACCAAAAUUCCUCAUGGUGUAACUGGAGUGCAAGACCGAAUGACUGUCAUCUGGGAGAAAGGAGUGGUCGGUGGCAAAAUGGAUGAAAACUGUUUUGUUGCAGUGACUAGUUCCAAUGCUGCAAAAAUUUUCAAUUUGUAUCCCAAGAAAGGAAGAAUUGUUCCAGGAGCUGAUGCUGAUAUUGUUGUGUGGGAUCCAGAAGCUACAAGAACUAUCUCUGUGAGCACGCAAGUGCAGGGUGGUGAUGUGAACCUCCAUGAGAACAUGCGAUGUCAUGGCGUCCCACUGGUGACUAUCAGCCGUGGUCGGGUUGUCUACGAAGAUGGGAUCUUUACAUGUGCCGAGGGAACCGGGAAGUUCUGUCCACUUCGACCCUUCUCUGAAUUUGUGUAUAAAAAGCUGAUACAGAGGGAAAAGAGUCUGAGUGCAAAGCCUGUGGAUCGUGCUCCAUAUGCAGGUGAUGUGGCGGUUGUACUUAAUACAAAAAAGGACAUGUCACUUAAUUCAGAACAUCAAUCUCGCGUUACAACACGCCACAGUGGAGCGAGGGACUUGCAUGAAUCCAGCUUCAGCUUGUCCGGAUCCCAAGUUGAUGAUCACCUGCCAAAGCGCCCUGUAUCUAGAGUUCUGGCUCCACCUGGUGGUCAUUCUAAUGGCAUUUGGUAAAAGAAUUGCAUGCUGCCAACUGAAACCAACAAGUGAAACCAGAAUACAAAUGAAUAAACUCGCUACACACUGGGAACAUCUACAACAACCUCAGUAACGCAGUAUUGACAUCUUAGGAAUGAACAAACAUGCAAUCUUUUUUGUUGUUUUAAGGCUUUUGCAAGAUGCGUGAGAAUAUUAGAUCAUCACUGCAGGAAUUCGGUAACACCUGAAAAUUGUCUGUUAUAAAAUUCACAGAUCCAUUGACCGUAUUUUCAGCUCUGCUGCUGUGCAGAAAGUUCAUAAUUCUGCUGUAAUAAAUUGUGCACAAGCGAAAUGUUUUGUGUGUGCAUGAUGCAAUCGUACUUCAUAUCCUGUACAGGUUCCAUAAUUCGUUACUUCCAAAAAUUGUUGAAUACUUUGAAGGCAAUAUUUUAAAGUGUAUUAAUAUUUAAUGUCUCAACAUAAAUCAUAGUGUAAUUUAAGUUGGUGCACACUCGGGUUUUUUUAAAUACCAACAGUAUAUGCUGCUCUCAAUUUGAAAUUGACUAUUUAAACUGAUAAUUGUAUUUACAUAUAUCGAUUUUGGGCCGUUUGAUCAUCAUUUUAGGAAACAAAUAGAAAAUGUCAUAGUAGGUUCCUAAAUGUUAAUUACAUAUAAUGUAUGCUACUUAUUUGUUGCAUAGAUGUCACUACUUAGUUUAUUUGGAAUUACUAUUCUCUUUUUUAGAAGGUACAUCUUAAGUAUUUUGUGGCCAUUUUGAGCAAAAUCAAAUAUAACUAGAGAAUUUUCAGUUAUUUUCCAGAAUUGUGGUUUAUGUGACUUCAUCACCUUAAAGGAUCCGUGCUUUACAUAUUGUGAAUGUAUAAUCCAACAAGGCAUUUGCGAAGAAUAUCUUUAUUUGGUGAAAACUUGAAAUUCAUUACCUCACACAUGCACUGAAGAGGAAUUGUACGGAGGAGAAAUGAAAUUGGAGAUUUACCUGAAACAUGAAAAUCAACGUAAUGAUAAUGGGCUAUUACUGUGCUGUAAUAUUCCAUGCAACUAAGCUAUCUGUGUGGUUUCCAAGUUGACAGUGUGAUUAUACUGUACACAAAUUCUUGAAGUAACUAAUUGAUGGUUGCUCUUUGAUUGUCUUCUUGAAGUAGAAAGAAUGUAUUUACAUUGAUGACACCAUUGGUUCCACCAAUUAUUCCAUAGCGCACACAAUUCUGUAACUCUUUUCAUGUAUAAUACCUUGGAAGUUAUGAAAUAUGACUUUCAAAGCUCAGUGGUUAUUUCAAGAAAUGUGAAAUUUGUGAAAGCUUUUCAUCUAAAUUUAAAUAGUGGUGCCCGACCUACAACCACACAUACCCCUUAAAUAAUUUAAUCUAUUAUAAUUAAGCUACAUGUGUUUUACAUGUUUGCCUCAAUUAUAAAAAGUGCACAAAUUAAUGUGCAUUCUAAAGCAAAAUUAAAAUUAACUGUUAUACUUUUAUUGCAUAAAAGGCCCGGUUUGCUUGGAAUUUCACAGAUUUUGUUAAAAAUUUGUACCUUAAAUUAGAGAUUGCAGUUAAUAAGCAUUUAUAGCAUUAAAAAGUUUUUACCUUGACAUUCGUCUACUCAGUCCAUUUUCCUAUUUUAGUUUCGAAGAUUGCAUGCAGCAGACUCCUGUUGAUAAAAAGAUCUAUUGGAAAAAAAUGUAAUUCCAAGCAGUGUUCUGAGGUUGAACUUGGUUGUAUUUGAUUUUUUUUUAAUGAUAUUAACAAUAUAUUAGGCCAUUUUUCCUAAAUGAACUAUAUACUUGCAUCUUUGGUAUAUUUUGAGUUUCGAUUAUUUUGCUCUUUCCAGGGAAAGACAUUGCAGCAGACUAUAAAGUUAAUCAUUCGCAUUAAUGGAAAAAUUAAUAAUAUGCUUUAAUGAAGCAAGCUAAAAAUUGGGGAAAGUAACUUUCUUAUUUGUGCCAUAACAUCUGUUUUAAAUUGAUUUGCAUUUGAGCAAUGCUGAAAGUUAUCAUUUGGCUUAAAUAUUUCAUAAAUGUGCAUGUAAUGUUUAUUGCAAUUAUAAUAAUGUGAAAUGGUUCUUUUGACUUGUGUCAAAGUAAGGAUUGUGGCAAAUGACUGAGAUGUUAUCAAUACCGCUUGUUGCUAGGUUUAAAAAAAUCAAAUGGUCAUUUUAAUUUAUUUUUUUUAAUUUAUGGUCUUUAUUUUGUAAAGUACAAGUUUAUGAUUUAAUCAAAAUUUAAGGUCACCUUUCCUACUGCGGGAAUAUAUGCUUUAAAGAAAUCCCAUGUUUUUUAUUUUUCAUUAUAACAAUACACUAUUAUCCAAAGCUGAGCAGAAUUGUUGUAAUUUGGUCAGACAAAUGACAAAUGCAAUGAUUGUGAGCUAGAAUUUUUGUGUAAUUAAGGAAUGAAUUUACUUCAGUGUCCAGAAUUAACUUUUAUUAGUAAGUGAAGUUUUAGGAUAUUGUGACAUAGUGGGGAAGACAAAAUUAGGCAUGUAGUGAGGCCUGUAAAUAUGUUGUCUGUAAUAAGCACUGAUGAUUACCAUAAGAUUUUGUCAACAUGGAUAAAAUUUACCAUAAUUUUAAUAUACAUUAUUUAUUAUUUAUAAAUAAUUUGAUCUUAAAUUCAGGCUGCUAAAAGUAUUUUAUUUGUUCCACUGAAAAUUUAUUAUCACUGAGCUGAUGAUCAUAUAGCCUUAAUGUGCUGCUGACAUGGACAGCAUAGGUUUUGUAUGUGUUGUGCCAACUGUAAGGAAAACUAGUUUCAUUACAGCAUUGCUGCCGUGUUAUAAUUGAUCUGCCAUAUGUGAACAAAGCAGAGAAACCAUGUUUUCCCUGCUUUACUUCAAGCAUUUAACUAAGUGACAUUUUUCACAAUGGUAUUUAAGAGAAGUUACCAAGUUGCACCAAAAAUGCAAGUUUUUUAAAUCUUGAAGUUAGAAUAGUCAAUGGAAAGGUACAGUGCCAGAAUAGACUAUUAAAAUCCAUUAAGUCUCAGUUAUCAGAUUACAUGAUAUCUGCUAAACCCUGAAGAAAGUUUUUUUAAUCAAACAUAUAUGCAAUGUCAGUAUUUCUCAGAUUUGGCUGAAAUGUUGAAAUACAGUAGAUUUUCAGCAAAUAAAUUUGGUCAUUUAAACUGAAGACAAAAUUCAAACUGCCUUUUAAAAAAAAAUAAAAAUAAACAAGAACAAUAUUUUGUCUUUUAAGUGUUUGAAUAAUUUUUUAGAUAACCAUGUUCUGCCACAAUUUGUGUUGACUUAUCAGGCGUGUUUGUAUUAACCUGAUUCCAUUCAGUUUACUUUUGGGGAAAUUACUAGGAAUGGAUAAGAUUGUUUCCUGAGCAUGCAGAAGAAAAUUAGAAUAGAAGAAAAGCUGUAAUUUUUGUAUUCACCUUGUGACUUCUAACUAUGAAAUCACAAGGGGAAUGUUUGUUUUAUGAAUGUAUGAAAAGACUUCAAUAAAUGGAGCUUGAAUCCAAUUAAGAAACAAUAUCUUAAUGACAUUAUCUGAAUAAAAAUGAUAAAGCAAUAUAAUUUGGUGGAACCUUUUUUAUGGUUUCAACAAGCCUUAAGAUUAGCUCUGAAGAAGGGUUACGACCUGAAACGUCACCCAUUCCUUCUCUCCAGAGAUGCUGCCUCUCCUGCUGAGUUGCUCCAGCAUUUUCAGUCUACCUUAAGAUUAGCAGGGUCAUUUUUACCUAACCAUUGUAGUUCUGGUUAAGGGCAUGAAGCUUUCCUAUCUUCUAAAAUGGAACAAUGGCCUUAAGAAUUGAUGCAGAUAGUCAUUAAAUUUAUAAAAUAGAACAGUUGAUGUGUGCUUAAUCCAAAUCCACUUGUUCUAUAGCUUCAAAAUCAAUUUGAAAAGUUUCCAAAACGUGAAAUUGUGUUGUGAAGAGAAAUGAACAGCUGCUUGCCAGAGACUAGUCUGAAGUGCCUGGAUAACUAACAUUCACCUUCAGAUUAGUUGUUAUAGUGUGUUCGUAGUUCAGCCCUCUUUAUACCCAUUAAAGGUAUCCACAAGCAAUGUGAAUAUUAAUAAAAUAUGGACACUCCACCUGUUUUUCUAGAUAUUUUAAAUGCAAGUCACAGAUAAUAAGAGGCAAAGGUCUUUUCAUGAAAGUUCCAAAGAAGCACUUUUUUUUCGCUGAAAUCCACAAUGUAGCUAUAGGCUGGAGACUUAAUUAAGACACAGCAUAUGUUGAAUUAUAGUCAUUUCAAAUUUGCAGCCUUUUCAAGGAGUUAUCCCUCCAGGUGUUUACUAUCCCUUGAUUUUCAGCUCAAGCAGGAAAGAGACAGUUAGCUUAGAAAUAGCUGAAUUACUAUUUAGCAUUAUUAUUUACAUGCAUGAAAAAUUAAUGUUCACAUUUUUUAUUGUAGCACCUAAUCCUUUAAAUUGUUUGAUUUUAACAUUGUGCUUUUCCCAUGUUAAUUAAGGGCUAUUCGUCUUUUGGGGAUUCAUUGAGAAUCGCCUAUUUGUCACUUCCUGCACUUAGAAAUGAUUCUUUACCAUUGUGGGAUUUUUGAUACAAUUGAAAUGUUCUUAUUUCUUCAAAAUAUGAUGUCUAGGCCCUGUUUUUGUUGGCUUCCAGGAAAAUGUUAAAAUCAGUGUUGGUUAAUAAUGCCAUGCUUUGUUUACCCAUGAAGUGGUCAUCCCUCUGAUUGCAUAUUUGUGGUAUGUUUAUUUCCAUUGUUAUUAAAAAACAAAAAAAAUAGUGAGACUUGUUUAUCACAAAAACAUUAAUGUUGAAUACCUGAUUUAAUAUAAAGAGGGGCAGAAUAUAAAGGGAAAUUUGAGCAUUUUGCAGCACAGUUCUAAAUGCAAUCAACAAAUUAGUCUCCACAGCUUUCUGAGGUAGAGAAUUCCAGUGCUUAACCAUCCUGAAGAAAUGUUUAUUUCUGAGUGCUAAAUGGCCUAUCCAUUAUUUUGAUACUGAUCUUUAUUCCAGGCACUUCAGACAGAGGAAAAAUCCUCCAUCUUCCUAGUCAAGCACUCCAAUCAUUUUGUAAGUUUCAAUUAGAUCUCGCAUCUCAUUCUUCUGAAUGCAAGGGAACCGAGUUCUAACCUACUCAAACUGUCCUUGUGUAGUAGAUCUAUCAUUCCAGGAACUGGUUUAGCUAAUCUAUGCUGCAUUCCCUCCAAAGCACAAAUAUCCUUUGAUUGGAGAGAAGGAGACAAAUUUGUACACAAUAUUCCAGAUGUUGACUCACCAAACCCUAUGACAUUAUAGGAAGAAAUUAUUACGUGGAGAUUUAAAGAUCCAAAAUAUCGGGAAUUAUCGCGUUUGCUCGCUGAAUUUCAUCAAAAGUAAGGCAUUAUUAAUUUACUUUUGAUGAAAUUCAGCGAGCAAACGCGAUAAUUCCCGAUAUUUUGGAUCUUUAAAUCUCCACGGCAAAUGUCUGCUAAGCACUUCCGCUGUUUUUCCACCUUCAGUUCCCUCUUGUAAUUACCUUACUUUCUAUCUUUUUUUUUUGUCUGAAAAUUUAGGUCGCUGUGCUUCACGGUCACCCCGACUAGCACAGAAAAUUUCAGCUCAAAUAUCGGCCGUUUUCCAUGUUUUUAACGGGUGGGAAAGUGCGUGUUUUCCCAUUCACUAACAUGUACCGAUGUAUAACGUACUCCAAUUGAGAUUUUCGGUCACGUGGGUGCGGAUCUACGCUCCGGUGACCUUUCGUGAAAUCACCCUAUACAUGAUAAAAUUAAGCCAUCCCCAAUGUACAGAUACAGGAUGAAGGGUAUAACAUUUAGUGUUAUCUUUAAUUAAAUUGUGUCCCAGGUUCCUUAACAUUAUUCUCACUAUUUCAUAAUUUAGAAAACUAUUCAUUGUUUUCUAUUGAAUGAGAUAAUUGUGCUCCAACAUAACUAAGCUCUAUCAUAACUUUCAUGAAUUUACAUUGCAUCCCUUUCAAAGUCAAACUGUCUUCUCUGCAUCUUAGAAGUAAAGAUCAACUUUCCAAAAACUAUUUUGAUUUUCAUUUGUAUUAUGUUUUUUUAACAGUAAUUUAUUUGCAUACUUCUAAAUCCCUUUACUCCUGUGCAGCAGCUAGCCUCUCUCCAUUAAGAAAACAUACUUUGUUUGAUCUGAAAUGAAUGAUUAUGUAACCAAAGAAUGAUGUUUCAAGGAUUUGUGCCCAUAUUCCAAUAGAGAAAUCACGUGCUGCCAAGAUGUUUAAAAGAAAAAGUGUCCUGCUAUAACAAUAACAAAAAUAACCUCUUUAAAAUUGACUUUCAAUCAGUCUGCAAGCCAAGAGCAGAAUCAUUAUGAGAUUUCCCUAAACAUUCUCACAGUAAUGGUGGAGGCCCGAGGACAACUUUGUUCUAUAGUUGGAAUCCUUGCGUGCACUAAGAAAAAAACUGAGAAGGAUACAUUUAGGAGUAAUAUACUUUCAUCCAGUUAUCUUGGUUAAUUAGAUUUUUAAACAUUAAUGUUUUAAUAUUUACUCAAGGGCUACGAAUCCUGCUCUUUUUGUGAAAUUAUGUACUUGAGUCAUGGGUUCCUGCAAAUUAUUGAUCUAUAAAGUUUGAGUAUAUAUUUUGAUUUGAAAAUAUUUCCAUCUUGCCUCAUUUUCAUCCUUAUUUCUCUCCAUUUCUUAUAUUCCAAUCCACCAUUCUCCAAUAUAUAUUUUUUUUCCCCUGAGUCCCCAUCUUCACUUUCAAUUUGAACCUGGUCUUCCAAUUUCAUCCUACUCUUCCCCCAAGCCGCUCUUCUAUGAGUUAAUAGGAAUUCCUGAAAAUUCACAGCUUCCAAUUCCAGGUACAAUUUCACAAAUAGCUUUAGCUGUAAACUCUCCCAAAAUAGAAAAAUGGUUUCCUACUUUGUCCUUUUAACAUUUUUAUAGAUUUGAUAAUGUAUUAAAUAAAGUAAGAAAAAUAUGAUGUUAAACACUCAUGGUUUUAAGGAAGUAUAUAUUUUUUAAAUCAAUUGUGGUUCCAAAAGUGGAGACACGAGGAACUGCAGGUGCUGGUUUGCAACAAAAAAGAAGACGUAACUUAGCAAGUCAGAUAGCAUCUCUGGAGAACAUGGAUAGGUAACAUUUUUGGUUCGGACCCUUCAGUCUGUAUUUCAGGAUGCAGAGUGACUCCAGCAUUUUGUGUCUUUUUCUGUUUCCAAAAGUGAUUGGCUUUUAGCUUUCCUAAUUUCUGCAUAAUAGCCAUUCAGGUUAUAGUAAUUUCCCCUUGGAGAAUUCACAAAUCACCGGUGAAUUUUUUUUUGUGGAACUUUUAAUAAACAUUCCUGUUGCAUGGCCAGAAAAUUAAAUAAUGAUAAUGAUGUGAAUUUCACCCUUGUGUGAUUUAUGAUAAGUAAAUAAAUAAACACGUUUUAAACUUGUUUCUUGAUGUAUCUGCAGAUGACUUGGCUACCUGUUAUCGAAAAUUGCAAUAAGAACGGUUUUCCAGGAAUGCAACCCAAAUCUAUUAGAAAAACACAUUUCUCAGUUUGUCUUCUAACUCUCAGUAACCAUUCUAAAUUGGUAGCUCAACUUUAACUGCCCAACCUAUGCAGAUAGUGUUUCCUUGUUCACAGUGUCAAACUAUCUUAUUAAAUCUCUGAUCUGAUAUAAUCCAGUUAAAAUCAUGUUAAUACCUCAGACUUGUUCAAAUAUUGCAUUCAACUACACCUUGCCAGUUUGCAUUGAAUAGUUGAGGACUUGAAAAUCAAACCCUUUGAUGACAACUAUUGACACACAAAUUAAUAUGUAAUGCAUUACAGUUGUUAGAAUGGUACAAAGGAAUUGUACAAAGGAUCAAUUCUAAAAGCAAGUUUUUCAAGCAGGUUCAUGGCUCAACACAUCACCUCUCUCCAUGUUCCCUGGAGAUGCUGCCUGACCUGCUGAUUAACUCUUGCAUUUUGUCUUUUUUUACUUUUAAAAUCAACCUUGGUUCAAGUUACUUAUAACACAAUUGAACAGGUUUAAGAACUAUAUUUAAAUCUUGUUAAAAGCACAUAAUUUAUUUGGUCUGCUCAGGAACUUCAAAAGGUGCUAAUAUAAUUCAUCAUUGUAAUAGGAAAUGGGACACAGGUGCUAAAGCAAAGAUGAAGCCACAUCCCAAAUACCAAAACGGAUUUUCUCAAAUAAUGAUAUCUCUUCAUACAAUGACAAAAAAACGUUUUCAAUGCAGUCCUUAACUUUUACUCAAAACAGUACAUCAGAACUUUCUGGAUGAAGGUUAGUUUAUGUGAUUGACAUGACUUGUAAAACCUGGUGAUGAAAAAAGUAUGUAAAUCUAUUUAGGCAUACUUAGAUAAUUAGCCAACAACAAAACGAAUUGAAAAACAACCUGUAAUUUUUACAAUGUCUACUUUUUUAAAAUCAUUUUCACCCUCUUUGCAAGAAAUAUUAACUUUAUAUCAACAUUAAACACCUUAAGGUGAAAGAUUUCAACAAAAAGCAUGCAAAAGAGAGGAAAUUAAGUUUAAGUUUUAAUUUGCAUUAUACUUUCAUGAUGGCCUAAUUUGUAGAUUGUUUCAGGAUAUCAGUAAUGAUUAUUAUGAAACCAGAAAUUUUGGAUUCAAAACUAUGUGUCAAAUUGGAGAAACACCUGGACAUAAUAUUGAAAAAGAUUUUCUAUAUAUAUGUUUAAAUAUAUUAGUAAAACUAAAAUGUGACCUAAUUUAUGUUCUCAAUAUCUUAUUUUAUUAUUUCUGCACUUAUUAUUUGUGAACACUAUAAUUGACAUAAGAAUGUGGUAUAUGUGGACUAAAAUGAAUGGAGAUUAACAGUUGCAGUUUCUGUUGUAAGUGUUCUACAAAUUAGGCCAUUAUGAAAGUAUAAUGCAAAUUAAACUAAUUUCCCCUCUUUUGCAUGCUCUGAGCAAAAAAAAUACUUCAUUUGCCUUGUCAUUAAUAAACACCUAGUUAUUCUGAAGCUUUAUCCCCUAUUUCUAAGUAAUACUAGAAGAAACAAUGUUUAAACAUCUACCAUUUAAAAAAAAAACCUUGAGGAUUUUAUGUUUCAGUAAAAUCAUCUCUGAAACUUCAAUAUCCCAAUAAAUAGGCCUACCUUGUUUUAUAGUUGUUCAUAUGUCAAGCCCUUCAUCCCAGUAUACAACCUAAUAAACUUUGCUUUGCUUCUGAUUCAAGGAUACCCUUUCUGUAAUAUGGAGACCAAAACUGUACAACAUAUUCCUUAUAUGGUUUGCACCAGCCCUGAGAGGUUGCAUCAAAAUUCCCAACUUUUGUACUGCUUACCCCUCGUAAUCAAGGCCAAUAUUCAAUAACCUUCCUGAGUAGUUCUACCUGCAUACUAACUCUCUGUUAUGAACUAAGACCCAAUUAUGUUGUACUACUACAUUUUAUUGUCUCUAACCAAUAAUUUGCUUUUACAUUUUUUCCUGCAAAGUACAAAACCUAGCAUCUUAUUUCAUGAUAGUUCAUCUCUCAACACUUUGACUGCAAAUUAUUUAAUUUUAUCCUGUACAAUGGAUUUAAAGUUGAUUUUUUAACCAAUUUUAAGGUCUAUAAUCAACAUUCGUUAGUGGUUGCUUCAAUUUGUUUCAACCAAGGGGAAUUUUUACAGUGACUGCAAAAUCUUAAUGUUAACUCUGCACUAUAAGCUUAACAAUUUUAGGCAAAUGUUAUGAGCUACUAUGUAUCACAUAAUACUACUUUAGAUUUCAGACUAAACCAUUUGUGUUUUUGUUAUGACAUUUUCCACUUGGAACCAGUUUGUUAAUUUUCAAAUUUUUAGCAAUACUUCAAAAAUGCACCAUUUCCAAUGUUUUUGUCAGUGGUCUCUCAUAGCUACAGCUAUAUUUUAGCCAUGUUGGAUUUUAGGAACCAGGUUAUUUAAACCAUGUAUUGUUUGAGCAAAUUUCUGUUCCUUUAGUUGCUUUGAAGAAAACAUGGAAAACCACUCAACUAGGAUUUUGCGUAGUGAUUAAAAAAUGGGAUGUGCAGAUUUGCGUUUUUGUACUGUAAUGCUGUGGAGAAUUACGCCUUUGGCACUCUGUAGUUUGUUUAGAAAACUAAAAUAUUGUUGUCAUUGUUAAGAAAGAAAACAUUUUGAUUUAAAAAAAAACGUUUAAUUUUACUUGUGAUAACUAAGCUUUUUAUAGUUAUUUCAUUGUAUUUGUGUGUGUGUGUGUGUGCAUACAUAUGUUUGUGAUAUUUAUGUAAAACAGUAUUAAACUUGUUUUGGAAUGUA